AUACCAGUUUAGGGCCAGUGCUUCUGAGCACGGCUGACGGUUUUUGGCGAUGCUGUUGACCCAAUGCCUCAUCUUGAUCUCUGCAGUAACAAGAGUCCAGUUAAUCUUAUUGUAUCAAACCCAGCAGUUCCAAUUUGUAGACAUUGGGAGCACAGCCCGACUCGAAUGUGUUUCUUCGGAAAAAGUGGAAGAUAGAGGAUUAUCAUUCAGUUGGUACAAAAGGAGGGCAAAUGGAGUACCUCUUUUAAUUAAGAGAUGCUUGGACGAAGAAAUCGUAGGCAAAUUUGCUUGCCAAGCAGAAGGACAGAAAUUGGCCUUGGCAAUUGACAAGGUCCAAAUGGAGGAUUCCGGCCUAUAUUUCUGUGCAAAGAGAACUCUUGCCGUGAUUUUCAGCAAUGGGUCAUCUCUGGUCGUUGGAGAUAGUUAUAGCCCGAACAGCUGGGUGAUGAUUUUGCAACCCCUACCACGUGCACUGUCUCUGUUUAGGCAGAGCCGUGAAGUGGCUUGCGUGGUCCAUGGCAUUUCCAACACAGUCCAGGUGUCCUGGGACGUUCCUGGACAUCUCCAGCCAGAGACGCUCUUGAUGGAAAACAACAGCAGCUCCUUGACGUUCAUCAGUGUCCUACGCAUCCCCGCGGACUUGCGCUUGAGUGUCAAGAAUUUAACGUGUGCAGUCAGGUUCAACUCCUCCGGCACCAUUGUCAAGGUGAACACUGAGUUUCCCUCAGAGGCACCCGAGAAAUGCUUAAGCUACUCCGUCUCCCUGUCUGUCCUGGGUGUGUUGGCGGUCCUCAUGCUUCUGUUAAGCUUCCUGUGGAUUCGGCACAGCCGUUCCAGGCCAGGAUUCCAGAACCAGGACUCUGAACCUCCACCCUCAUUGGGCAGCCUUUGCUAUACACAACUGGAUUUUGCUUCGAGGACUUAGGAAAAGACCAAGAGGAAGCAAGCACCACAAGGGGGAGAAAAUCAAAAGGUUUAAACAAUCAUCCUAUGACAAGCCAGUGUUUUGGAGCCGUUGGCCAGGUUUUGGGAUUCUGAUCUGCGAAACUGAGAGUCUACAAGCACCGACAUGGUUCCUAGAGCUGGCGAGCGACUUCAGAGGAAGACUUCCAUUUUCCAUCCCUCAAGAUGGCACACGCAGCGAUCUCUCUUGCGCGGCUGUUGUGGAAACAAAGUACAAGGCAUAGAAUCCUUCAUGCAUGCAGAAAAAGAAAUAUAAAUGAAUUAAAGAUAACAGACGUGAUACUUUGCCAUUAAUUUGUACAUGCAACCUGUUGUGUGCUCCCUG